AAAAUUAAAAGUCUCAAAAAAACCUAUUCAACACUUUCCUCUUCUUUCUUAUCGAACAAAAUUCCUACAAAAACCUCAAAAAAAUAUAAAAAUAUUGAAAAGUCGCGUUCCUCAGAAACUUCUUGGAAGAGCGAAAAUUCCAUAGAUUUGAUUUCAGUAGUUUUUGGGGUUUUUUGAAUCGCAAAAAACGAUAAGAAUUGGGUAUUUUGGUGUGUUUUUUUUAAUGAAAAACGGUGUGGAGGUCUUCUUGGUGAGGGAUUCUUGAAUUUAUAGGAUUUGAGGUGUGAUUUGGUGGGGAAUUGAGUUUUUUUUUGUUGAGAUGAUGAUGGCGGACAAGACGUCAGAGUAUUGGUUAUCAUCGGAAGAUCCGUCGGUUGAUUUUGAUCUAAAUUUUGAUGGGCCAAGUAUGGAUAUAGAUGAUUUGCUGAGCAUUAUUGAAGAGAAAUCGGAUCCUCCUGCUCAGCAGAGUAUGCCGGAGGUUUUAUUGCAAAAUGACAUGGGACAAGUAGGUUAUUCAGAUUUGGAGAGAUCUUCAGCUUCAAGGGCUCAAUUUCUUGGACACAUUGGAGUUUCCCCUUCGUCUAACUCAGAAGUUUCAGAUACAAGGACUGGUGUUUCCGAUGGCUCAUCUGAUUCUGCAGGGAAUUCAAUUGUUGAUGGCAGAAAGCUUGGAUUUCAAUUAGAUAGAUGCUCUCCAGUACAUAAUCUCUAUGGAAGCCUGACUGAUUGGGCAUUUGGUCAGGACAAUGAAUGGUUCAGUGACAGGGAUAACAUCUCUCAGAGUACUUCAUCUAAUGUGCAGCAAGAAAGGUUGCUGCUAAGCCAAUCAGCUGCAGAGAACAAGUUCAAAAGCUCAGGAACAUUAGCUUCAGAAGAAACAUCAAGCAUGGAAGUAGCUGUAUCUUUGGACGAUCAAUACUAUAGACUUGGUUUAUGUCAGAGUUCUGAUGCUUUGCCUGGAAAUUGGGAUAAUUAUGCACGACCUUCCCAUACAUAUUCUUUCUUGAAGCAGGAUGCACCAAAUAACCUUAAUUUUGAAAUGCUGUCUCACAAUGAUAAGAUGCUAAAUGUAAUGGAUGAACAAUUGGACCAUACAACUGGGAUUGCUGACUCAGAUACUGGAAUAGCAUGUGGGAAUUGGACAACAAGAGCAGGUGAAGGAGUUCAGCAGGCUCCUGAGUGUCAUAUGACUCCAAAUUUCGGUGUUGGGAACUUCAGUGCCUAUUAUAAUGGUAGUAACCAAACAUUAUUAAAUAGUGGCAACUUGUUCUCCAGAUCAACAGGCAGCAAUAAUAUGGGAAAGAUAUUUCCUCAGGCUUUGCCUCGCAAUCAGUCAAGUUACCUUUUUCAAAACCAGCAGUUUUGCAGAAGUAAUGAGAAAAAUGAACUGCUAGGUGGUGCUGAUAAACCUACAGUUUCUGAGCUCGCAAAUUCAUUUUGUGCUGCUCCUGUAACUUCCCUUUCAAGUAAUGAUCUUUUGGUGUAUCCAAAGGAUGAAAAUGGUGUACUUCAAUAUAAUAGGCCUUCUUAUCACCUUGAUAGUUUUGAAGAAACUUCUUCCGAAAAAAACAUUCUGGUUCCUCAUGAUCACCUCGCGGAUGUGAAGGUUAGAGAACAAUCUGUCUCAUUGUCAUCAACUUCAAUGAAGCAACAGUUCGGUUGUGCAAAAUUAGAGAAGGGGGAAAAACGCAGGUUCUUAAAAGUUAAUGGUUCUCGUCUAUCUACAAUCACUCAUCAAGGAAUUCAGAGAAAUUCAUUGAAUCAAAGAAGCCAUAGUGAGGAUGAUGAUGAUCUAUGCAUUCUCGAGGAUAUAAGUGCACCUGCAAAGGCGAAUCCAUGUGCUAAUGGCAAGUCUCUUGUCGCUCUACAACGUACUACAAUUACCGACUCUUUUGCUCCAGCUGAAGUGGGACAAAAGAGGUUUGAAGUAGGACAAAUGAAGCCGAAGUUAAAUGAUGAGCAUGUCAUUUAUCAAGUUGCCUUGCAGGAUCUUUCUCAGCCGAGAUCAGAAGAAAGUCCACCUGAUGGUCUUUUGGCUGUUCCUCUUUUGAGACACCAGCGCAUUGCUUUAUCAUGGAUGGUUAAGAAGGAAAAAGCUGCUGUACCCUGUUGUGGUGGGAUACUUGCUGAUGAUCAGGGACUUGGGAAAACUAUAUCAACAAUUGCACUUAUACUCAAAGAAAGGUCUCCAUCUUCAAGACUUUCUACGGCCAUCACCAGACAAACUAAAACGGAGACAUUGAAUUUAGAUGAUGAUGAUGUUUUAUCUGAGUUUGACAAGUCAAAGCAGGGUGCUGAUUCUUGUAAAGUUGAUGAAAAUUCUGGCAUGGACUGUAAAACUUCUUUGCAUGCAAAAGGGAGGCCAGCUGCUGGUACCCUUGUCGUUUGUCCUACCAGUGUCCUCCGUCAGUGGUCUGACGAGUUGCACAAUAAGGUAACAAACAAAGCAAAUCUCUCUGUUCUAGUAUACCAUGGUAGUGGUAGAACAAAGGACCCUAUUGAACUAGCAAAGUAUGAUGUGGUGGUCACAACAUAUUCAAUCGUAAGCAUGGAGGUCCCUAAGCAGCCUGUUGGAGAAGACGAUGACGAGACAGGAAAAGGAACUCAUGAAUUACCUUCUAGUAAAAAGAGAAAAACUCCUUCGAGCUCAAAGAAAAGUUCAUCAAAGGCGAAAAAAGAGGUGGACAAGGAAUUGCUUGAAGCCACUGCACGCCCUCUUGCCAGGGUGGGAUGGUAUAGGGUCGUGCUGGAUGAGGCACAAAGCAUCAAGAAUUACAGAACCCAAGUAGCUAGGGCUUGUUGGGGUCUCCGAGCUAAACGCAGAUGGUGUUUAUCAGGGACACCUAUCCAAAAUGCAGUUGAUGACCUUUACAGUUACUUCAGAUUCCUCAAAUAUGACCCAUAUGCAGUGUACAAACAAUUUUGCUCCACAAUCAAGGUUCCAAUCCAAAGACACCCAACAACUGGGUACAGAAAGCUGCAGGCCGUGCUUAAGACUGUUAUGCUUCGUCGCACUAAAGGUACAUGUAUUGAUGGAAAACCCAUUAUCAACCUUCCAGAGAAACACAUUGUACUGAGAAAAGUUGAAUUUACGGAUGAGGAACGAGAAUUCUACUGCAGACUUGAAGCUCAAUCACGUGCUCAGUUUGCUGAAUAUGCUGCUGCUGGGACUGUCAAACAAAAUUAUGUGAACAUACUCUUGAUGCUUUUACGACUGAGACAAGCUUGUGAUCACCCUCUUCUUGUUGGAGGCUCCAACUCCGGUUCUGUUUGGAGAUCAUCUAUUGAGGAGGCCAAGAAAUUACCACGAGAGAAAUUAGCUGACCUUUUGAAUUGCUUGGAAGCUUCUUUAGCAAUUUGCGGCAUAUGCAGUGAUCCCCCUGAAGAUGCUGUUGUAACAGUUUGUGGACAUGUCUUUUGCAAUCAGUGUAUUAGUGAGCAUCUAACUGGUGAUGACACUCAGUGUCCUGUAUCUGCUUGCAAAGUUCAGCUGAGUGGUUCUUCAGUUUUCACUAAAGCAAUGUUAAGUGAUUCUCUAUCUGAUCAAUCCAAGCUGCAAAAUAACCCUGACUGUGCUGGCUCUGAUGUGGCUGAAAGUUCAAUUCGUAGUCCAUAUGAUUCAUCAAAGAUUAAAGCUGCUCUUCAGGUGCUGCAAUCUCUGCCUAAAGCUAAGGUUUGCACUCUUAGUGGUCGCCUUUCAGGAUCAGACGAUGAAGGAGCUUCUCCUUCAGAAAAUACAUGUGAUAAUCAUGCAGGAGAAUCCAGUGUGCAUUCAAGUUCCAAAGACACAACCACAAUAGCUGGAGAGAAGGCAAUUGUCUUUUCUCAGUGGACGGGGAUGUUGGAUUUACUUGAAGCUUGUCUAAAAACUUCCUCAAUUCAGUACCGUAGACUUGAUGGAACAAUGUCUGUUCUUGCUAGAGACAAGGCUGUCAAAGAUUUUAACACACUUCCUGAGGUAUCAGUCAUAAUCAUGUCUCUGAAAGCUGCAAGCCUUGGGCUUAACAUGGUUGCAGCUUGUCAUGUUCUUCUCUUGGAUCUUUGGUGGAACCCUACGACUGAGGAUCAAGCAAUCGACAGGGCGCAUCGGAUUGGACAGACCCGUCCUGUUACAGUUUUGCGGUUGACUGUAAAAGAUACAGUUGAAGAUCGUAUUUUGGCUCUUCAGCAAAAGAAAAGAGAAAUGGUUGCCUCUGCGUUUGGAGAGGAUGAGACUGGUAGCCGACAGACUCGUCUAACUGUGGAGGACCUGGAGUACCUUUUCAAGCUUUAAUCGGCAUCCCAUUUUUGCAGUAAGCUGAUGUUUAAUUGCGGCUUGGGCUAUCUUAAUUUUUUUAAAUUUGAAAACUGGUUCAGCAGCAUAUACAAUUGAGGCGUUGGUUCUUAGGUUCCAUAGUAUUGACAAAAAAAGAUGACCUUACUAAAAAAGAUGAUUUAUGAGACUAUCUUCAAAGAUUCAUAUGAUCCAUUUUUUUUUUUAUAGCUAUUGGUUACCUUGUGCAGGGGUUGGAUUUUAGUGGAUUACACCCAAAUGAGAAUGAGACUUAGAUCAGUCUCUGUAGAUUCUUUGCUUAGAAAAUGUAAAUGAUAGAUCUCAUGGACUUAUUCUUGGGAUAGGGUUUAGGAUAUAUUGCCUAGUAGUUUAAGUUGUAGACAGUAAGUAAUAUUUGUUUCUAGCUUUUGGGUUGUAAAUUUUCACAUUCAACUUUAAUACAGAACCAUGGCAUCAUGGCAAUUCUUUU